GACCGAUCUAGUAAGUUCAUUGGCGAAGUAAUUUUCAAAAAAUACGUUGUGUAAGUCGAGAAAAGCAAAGUUAAAGUUUAUGUAAAUCAAGGGAAAUCUUUAUCACACAUAAAGAUGCGACACGCUUAUGAUUUUCUUUCUGUUUUCCUCAUUAUUAAUGAGUUUUUUUAAGGCAAUUUCGAAUUCAGAGUCGCUUAUGAGUCCAGACCUGAGUCCGAAACAGACUCCGGGUUUCAUUACAUGCCAUUAAUUACACACAUUUCCUUUGAUGAAUCGAACCUUUCUGUCAGCGCAAGAAUGUUGUGUUUUAUGAUAAAUGCCAGAAGAUCUAAUUUCGCUCGACCUGCCCGCCAUCAGACGUCGAAGUCGAAAUUGUCAGACGACGGUUUUUGUGUGUAUCAUCUCUUGAGUUCGAACUCGCGCGUUCAAGAUGACGACGCAUUUCAGGCUAAUUUUUGCCGCUGCGUUUCUACUGUACUGCGUUUGCGCGCAGGUCCCAACGAACGUGGAUAAGAUGAAAUGCUACAACGAUAGAUCGGAGCCGAUUCGAUGCGUUCCCGAGUUCGUCAAUGCCGCGUAUCGGCGCAAAGUGGUGUCGAACAAUACCUGCGGUACACCUCCUAGCAAGUACUGCGUCCAAACGUUAUCUACCGGUCAGAAAAAGCAGUGUCAGACUUGUGAUAGCCGUUACGAGGCGACAAGACACAUCCCAUUCUAUAUCACCGACGUUAAAGACGAUAGAAAUUACUCUUGGUGGCAGUCGGACACUCUAUACACAUUCCAGCGAAAUAACAUAUUCGACCGACGCACUCGUCUAUCUAAAGUCGUGCUGACUCUCGAUUUUGGCAAAACAUUCGAAAUUGUUAGUAUUCGUUUAAGAUUCCGCUCGCUGCGGCCCGAAUCAAUGGCCAUAUUUAAACAAACCACAUCGGAUAAAGAUGGGGACUGGAUCGCGUACCAGUAUUAUUCCCGAGCAUGUGAGGACUUUUAUGGCAUUUUCCCUGACAGUAUCGUGCGCAGAGAUAAUUUACAAACGGCGCUUUGCACUUCGAAAUAUAGCCAGGUUGUGCCUAUUUUUGGCGGUGAGGUCCUCUUCAGAACACUCGCGAAUCGACCAGGACGAAACGAGAUCGAACAGUUACCGCAGUUACAAGACUGGAUUCGCGCCUACUCGCUUAAGUUCGAUCUGGAUCGCCUGAAUACGUUUGCGGACGAUAUAUUUGGAGACCCCGAUGUUUUGAGGAGCUACUACUAUGCCAUCAUCGAUCUCACCGUUGUAGGCAAAUGUCAUUGCAAUGGGCACGCAUCGGAGUGUAAGAAUAAGACCGUGGGAGAGACUUAUAUCUGCCAAUGCCAACACAACACGACCGGCGUAGAUUGUGAACGAUGUUUGCCUACUCAUAAUAACAAACCAUGGGGAAUGGCGACCAGUACGAAUGCACACGCUUGUGAAGGUAAGGGGUUUAUGUUUCGCUAUAAAAUAGAAGGUGAAACAGAAUCGGAAUAUUAAAAUCUGUAAACUGAAGAUUCGAGCUAUUUAAAAUAUUUUUAGCUGUUUGAAGAUUUUUGUUAUCUUGUUUAAUUAAAUAGCUCGGAUCUUGAGUUCACAAGAUGUCAAUAUUCGUAGUGUUCAUCAUGUUUAUUCAUGUUUAUAUAUAGGCUCGAUAUUCUAACCUCGAGCCUCGCGUGUAAACUUGAGAUCACUAUUCAUGUUUAUAGAUAUACUCUCGAGGGUCGAGGGUAGAUUCUCGAGGAUCGUGGGUAAACACGAAUAUUUGGGUUUCAGCAAGCGACAGUUAUAGUCCUAAAAUUUUAACAAGGGGGGGGGGCUCUUCAAGGAAAGCCUUGGGGUAUGAACUGCCAGAAAAUUGUAGAUUCAUUUAUCCUAUAUAAGGGCAUAAGGCUGCAAUCUAGUGAAGUUUUUUUCAUAUGCUCAGAUUAGUUUAAAUCCCUUUAAAAGUUUCUUGUGAGAUAACAAAAAUUUGUUAUAUUAUCAAAGAUUAUUUCUGUCUUGGUAAAAAUCCUAAGGGAGGUUCAUCCCCUUUCACUACACCCCUGGAGAGAAUAGGGUUGAUAAUGUAAACACCCCACCCCCCAGAACAUUUUUGGUUUUGUUUGUAUAAAAUAAGAUUUCUCGCUCGCAUUCAGACAGCACUUUUGAACAAAAAUACAACGAUCACGUACUUUCUUCUCUUACAAUUUAUUCAUAUUUGCCACAGUUUCUUCAAAAUUACGGAAAAGAUUGAGUUUCAAAACUUAAAUUAAGAAAAGGAAGAUGAAUUCUUAAUUCUACUCGUUUCCUCAGCAGUAAAUCAAAAUGCGCAGUUCUUUUAUUCUUUAAUGAUACAGUAAAAAAUUAUGAUCCGAUUUUGCCAAAAUAUAGCAUUACAGGAUCCAAUUCCAAGUACCAAAUGGAAAUAUAAGCUUUAAUCCUGCUCCUAUAUAUAAUUUCCACUUGAUAUUAAUUGAAUAUUCGUUUCAGUCAUGAAAACAAACAACUUUUAAUGACUUAAUUCGUUUGAAAUGAUAAUAUCUCUGUGGCGUAUUACUACCCCAAAAUUACUUUGUCUUCAGCUUUAUUUUGUAGUUUAUACAGUUGGCUAUCUUUUUAAGAGAAGAAUCUUUUGUAUGUUACGUAACACGCGCCCAAAACUAUUGAAUAUACUUUUCCAUAUUCAAUUUUUUAAAUUUUUGAUACACGUUUCUCAAGCGGAAAACAAAUUUAAAAAGUAUGUUUAGUGCUUUAUCUAUAAAAUAAUGCUAAAAUGAAGAGAUUUUAGAUGGUACGCCAAAGAGAAAAUGAUGUCUGAAGUUCAGUAAGUUUUGCUUAGUGUAUUGCUGUAUAAAAUAUGGCGUCAAUUUUACAACAUCAAUGAUAAUUGUAUUUAAAUUGAGAAUAUCUAACUAUUAUUCUGUGUUUCUCAACCGCCAGAUACAUUUGAAAAGGUUGCUAACUAUGUGUAAACUACAAAAUAAAGCUAAAACAAAGUAAUUUUGAGAGGAACGUAAAAAAAAUUCGUGUUUUGAACACUUUUCAUCGCACACUGGCUUACUGCGCGGAGCACUGUUUUCGUGUCAAAUUUUUUCGACCUUUGCAUGCUACCCCAGGGCAUACAAUUAUUAAAAUGCUAAGAUAAACAUUGUAUACUUGCAUGAUAAAUGACGGUCUCUUUGUAUCAGCAUAACUAAAACUCAUUUCAAAAUCUUUUAAUAAAGGACCUUUCUCGAAAUAUCGAAAUUUUUUCAUUCAUGUCAGUAGCUCACAUACAAACCACAGAUGCUAUCACAGCCUACACUGGACCCCUACGUUUGAGUAUAUAUAUUUUUUUGCAUGUAUAACAAUCCCACACUUGUCUAUGACGACAUUUUCCAUAUUGUUCUAACCAUUUUUAGUCAGCUUUAUUAAAUUAAGCGUUCGUAAGUUGUUCUGUGGUCAUUUCUAGAAAAAAAAUAACAUACAGCUUCAUUAAUAUUUUGCGCUCAGACGCAUAAAUAUGCUUGGUAUGUUUGCGAUGUAGAUACGAAAUAUUUCACAUUUAAAAUGGAUUAUGGUAUACCCUUACUUCUAACAUAGCAUAUUGAGAAAGUAUUAUAGAAAAUAGUAUUCUACUAUUCGUAUGUAAACAUUUGAGUCAGGGGUGCGUGCGUGUAACUUGCCGAUCUAAUUUGCAUAUAUUGCGCCGAUGUAAUUUCUAUGAUUCAAUCCGGAACAGGGAUAGUAUACCAUGCAAAUGUUUCUGUUUUUAGAAAUAAAUUCAUAAAUGUGAGCUGACAAAUCCGAAUAUUGAUUUCUGCUAAAAUUCACAUUUAAGAGUUCUUAUUAAAGAGGGUCAUAGGGUCGGCAGAUUAUACAAGCAGCUUUGGCAUUAUAAUUAUUUGGCAGCAAAUCAUCGCCAAAUAUAGACAAUGGAUACGUCAUUUUCACCUUCUCACAUUUCGUUCCUCGUUAAAUGUCUCAUAAAAUUCCCACUUGACAUGAUUGGAUUAUUUUCCGUCUAAAUUUGCGUGGUAUUCACUGAUUAUAUUUAAGUCUGACUGAUAUUUCCAUGUAGAUUGUUGUAUUUUUAAUAUUUCAUACAGUAUUUGAUUUCAUGUGUUAGGGUUUUAACAUUAAUUCUUAUUGAAUAUUGUAAAUAAAAAAAAUUAAUUGUGUCAGGACCUUUCUGAAAAUCACGUUCUGUGAGAAAGCUUCUUGACUUUCAUGGUAUUGAAGACUUUCACGAUGGCAUUAGUAUAGGCAGAGACGCUUUACAAACGGUGCUUUGCACUGGGAAGUAUAGUUACAGGUUGUGCCUAUUUUUGCUAGCGAGGUCCUCUUUAGAACACUCGCGAAUUGAUCCGUUCCGUAACGGUAUUAUUUCAGAACCAUUUCGGAAAUAUGAAAAACUGCUUCAUAAUAAUAAUUUUGACACUGUAGAAUUGAAUCACUGCGCGUCCUCUAUUAAGACAAGCAUUAACGAAAAUAUUUCGCUCACCAAAGGUUUAGGCGCUAAAGUGAAUAACUUAAGUUGGCCGACACUAGAAGAUAGGCGGAUGAAACAAAAAUGUUGUCCAUAAUUUUCACAAUAUUCCACAAAUCAGGCUCAUCUUAUCUUUCACGGCCGUUUAAUCGAGCGAACUUUAUUCACAGCCACGAUACGCGAGGUCAUGAAAAUUAGGUCGCUUUAGACCAGAUUUUUCCAUUGAUACAGAGGAAAGAAUUCGGGUCUGACCGGUUAGGAAGGCGCCCUAUAUCAGUCGUAUGGAAUUCAAUACCAAUUGAAAUUAGGAAUUCCACCUCAGAUAAUAAUUUUUUAUGGGUAUCACUCUUCUUGUAGAUAUUGUAAAUAAUUCAAAUGUCACGGCGCCUGGGAAGGUCAUCUCAAUUUCGAUGACAAGCCUCCGUGCUUAAAUAAAGUUCACUCACUUAAAGUGACGUUUGGAAACCAAAAAAUACGAACUCGAAUCUGGUCUCUGAGUAAGACAACGAAUUUUUUGAAUUUUUAGACAAUUCUACAGCGUCAGAAUGCCACGAAACGAUACGCCAAAACGAUUUUGGGUUUUGAAUGCUUUUCAUCGCAAAUAACGCGCGACAUGCGAAAAAAAUUCCACCAUUGUUAUGUAGUUUUAUCAGGUGUAACCAGGCAUUAAACAACGUGAUUUCUCGCAUAUGAAACUGUCAUCACGUAGAGAUAACGUGACCCUGGUUCGAUUAGCAAGGUGUGGCAGGGCAAACGGUUUUUGGCACUGGAACAAUGUUUAAAUAUAUACUUGUAAUCCUAUACGUGAUGAGAAUUAGACACUCCUUUUCCCGUCUCUAUUGUGGUUCACGUCAAUGAUAACACACUCCAUAUUUGGCUCAAGAAACCGGAAUGUUAAUGGCCCGUUUACCAGAUUCCGCUUUGGAUUAGAAUUCAAUAGGAUUGAUUUUUUUUUAAUUACUAACAAACUGAACCUUAUAGGUCGAAAUGGGCAAAAGGAAAAGGAGUAGGAAAGCAAAACAUUUGUCAUAUGUGUUAAAAAUUACCACACACUGACAUUAACACAGUUUUUAAUCCCCCCCCCUCCUCAGCAAUCAAAAGCGAUGUAAGCUUAAACAGAGAGUAAAUCACUUUUAUCUCAGAAACCAUCUUGAUUCUCGAUGAUAUUUCAAAUGACACGGUCAAGUGACUAAUAAAUUCAAUGACAAUGUUCCAACGUUUUGAGUGACCAAAGGUCAAAGAAAUUGAAAUAGAAUUUUUCUCAGUGGUAAAAUGUGAGGGAAUGUGUCCUGAUUAACAUACUAGAAAUCCCAAAAAAUCCCUUCGGUGGAACAUGGUGAAAAUCAAGUUUUUCUUACUUCUACCUAUAGAAAACCAUUGUGGACAGAAUGUUCAAAUUUUGAAAUCAUUUUUAGGCAAAUGUAACCUACAUUAUUGGAAAGCUUAAACAAAAACUAGAUUAAGGUCAAUUAAACCGUUAUAUUCAAUUUACUGGUCAGUUUGUCGUUAUUCUAGCUCAAUGUUGGAAAAAUAGCGCAAAAUUUGCACAAAAUACAAAUUUAUGGCAUUUUAAAUCUUGUAUAACUGCGGCUGGAUAGGCAAAAUCAAGGUAACCGUUUAAUGAUCUAUAUUUUAGUUUUUUCUAAGCUUUCCAAUUAUGCAUGUUAUAUUUGCAAAAAAAUAAUUUCAAAAUUUCAACAUUUUGUCCGCAAUGGUUUUCUAUAGGUAGAAGUAAGAAAAACUUGAUUUUCACCAUGUUCCACCGAAGGGUUUUUUUUUUUAUUUUUAAUAUGUUAAUCAGAACAACUUUUCACACACUUUACCACUGAAAAGAAAUCUAUUGCGAUUACUUUGAUCAGGACCAUGUACUUAUAGUGAUUUGACUGGACUAUACGUCUAGAAGUACGCCUUCAUUACUAGUGGAAAACGGGCUUUAGUCAGAUCUAAUAGAUGUAUAAAAUUUCGAUUCGAAAUGUAUGCCCACAAAUCCCUCACUUUGUUAUGUUGAUUCGUUUCAGCAUGUGAAUGCAAUGGUUUGGCAGAGACAUGUGAAUUCGACGAGAGACUCUAUCAGCGAACAGGCAAGGGUGGACGAUGCAUCGACUGUCGUAACAAUACAGGUGGACCGCACUGUGAAAGAUGCCGCGAGAAUUACCAUCGUGAAACAGAAGAGGAAGAGUGCAAGGCGUGUAACUGUGAUCCUAUUGGUUCCCAAAGUCUUCAGUGUUACAGAGACGGCAGGUGUUACUGCAAACCCGGGGUGACUGGGGACAAGUGCGACCGAUGUAGGCCCAACUAUUAUGGCUUCUCUGAAAGUGGCUGCAGGUUAGUGUUAGAUCUCUGUUUGUAACUGGAAUCAUGUGUAGAAGUUUGUAGUAAUCGACCAUUCCUCAAUUAAUCAAAAUUUUGAACUCAACAAGUCUAGACAUAAAUUUCAUCACAGCUCGGAAGAGCAUCACAAAAUUAGUAAUAUUCCAAAGUUUCGUUGCAAAAUGUUGUAAAAUGCGGAUAAUAUAGCCUUGCGAAAUUUGAAAUUUUCAGUCAUUUUAGAUUUAUACAAACGGGAAAUGGUUACCACUUCUGUGCGCAAUACAAAAUGACUGAAAAUUACAAAUUUCGCAAGGCUAUAUUAUCCGCAUUUUACAACAUUUUGCAACGAAACUUUGGAAUAUUACUAAUACUAGACUUGUUGAGAUCAAAAUGUUGGUUAAUUGGAGAAUGGUCCAUUGCAGUCUAAUCGUGCGACUAGAUUUAAAGUGAACUGGAGUCUUUUUCCUUCAAUAUAAAGCUGAGUGAUAAAGGGAGGUGCUGGAAUAUUUUUAUAAUGUUGUGAUAUUGUUCACUCGUUAAUAUGAUAGGUAGAGAUGGUCUCGCGUGAGUGCGUCCAAAUCGCGCAAGUUCAUUCAUUUGUUCAUACGUCUUUAUUAAAAUAUAUCAUAAAUAUUGGAGUUGCAACAAACGUGCAACUUUAUACAGUGCAUAUAAGAUAUAGAAAUUAGAUUAUUUACAAAUGUGUUAACGUUACAGUUAAUAUAUAUACCGUAUAACAGAAUUUUAAAAGUCAUUAAAAAUUGUUUAAAACAUUCAGUGCAUAUAUAAGAUAUAAUAAUUAGAUUAUUUACAAAUGUGUUAACGUUAUAGUUACAGUCAAUUUCAGCUGACUUUUCACUCAAAUGUUCCGAACUUCGUUCCGAACUUCGCAAAUUCGUUGCCAAGUUCAAAAGUUCAUAAUGAAAUUCACAAGCGGGUUUGUAAACUGGGCAUUUGAUUGGCUGGUUUGAUUUAAUAGCCAAUCAGAGGCUUUGUUUACAAACCUGUUCGUGAAUUUCAUUAUGAACUUUUGAACUUGGCAACGAAUUUGCGAAGUUCGCAACGAAGUUCGGAAUCUUACGGUGAAAAGUCAGCUGAAAUUGACUGUAAUACUGUAUAUACCGUAUAACAAAAUUUUAAAAGUCAUUAAAAAGACACUUAUUUAAAAAUGAUUGUUUAUUCUGUGUAUACUUUCUGUGUAUAACGUUCUGUGUAUACUUUUGGCAACAUAAAUUGAUGAUCGCGUUCUCUUAAAGGUCGUUGACGUUUUUCCGGUAACAACUCAUAUAGGCAAUGUUCUAGAUUGUGCAUGACCUUAUUGAACAAUAAUCGAUCCCUCUCCUCAAUCAUCUUGGCCAUUGAAUAUUUAUUCUGAGUGUAUCCAUAUCGGAAUGCACGAUUGAGAAACUUGUUGAAUUUAUCAAUGUAUUUCGCUUGCAAAGCCGAUCCCCAUACUUCAAUUGCAUAGUAAAAUAACGACAAGAUCAAUGGACCAUUUGCAUUAUAGACUAAAUUUUGAUCUAGACAAGAAUUUCAUCACAGCUUGAAAGAGCAUCACAAAAUUAGUAAUAUUCCAAAGUUUCGUUGCGAAAUGUUGUAAAAUGUGGAUAAUAUAGCCUUGCGAAGUUUGCCGUUUUUCAUUCAUUUUGUAUUACGCAGGGGAAAUUGACAGCCCAACCGGGUGUUGGGGCAUCAAUUUCCCGUUUGUAAUCUAAAAUGACUGAAAAUUGCAAAUUUCGCAAGGCUAUAUUAUCCGCAUUUUACAACAUUUCGUAACUAAACUUUGGAAUAUUACUAAUUUUGUGAUGCUCUUUCAAAAUUUAGUCUAUAAUGCAAAUGGUCCAUUGCCCAGCAACUGCUGGGCUUCGUGGCUGGGCUUCGAACCCGCGACCAUCGUAAUGCUAGCUAAUUCUUCUUUCUAAAAUGGAAUGGAAGAGUAUAUAGGUUGCCUUGCCUUGCCUUGCCUUACAUGUAUAUGAACAGACCCUAAGGCCUUUCUGUUUCACGGUUUUUGAAACCCUGUCUUUUGUUUCUUAUAGUCCAUGCGAAUGUUCAGUGCUGGGCACCAGACCAGAUAAUUUCCAGUGUGACGGGAACGGACAAUGUACCUGUAAGAAAAACGUGGUUGGCAAGAACUGUGACCAAUGCCUGGAUGGUCAUUUCGCUCUGGAAGCAGACAAUCCGUAUGGAUGCCGACAAUGUUUCUGUUAUGGUCAUUCUUCCGAUUGCAAGUCCGUUGGCGGUUACUCGAGCAUCAACCUCACUUCCGUGUUCCGUUUUGGUUCAGAGGAAUGGCGUGCUUUGAAUAGCAAAGGUAGCAAAUUGUAUCCAUUGGAUGCCGUUCAGUUGUCACACAUGUCCUUUACCACUUCUGUGACAUGAGUUUGAUAACUGCUUUUGCAAUUUUCUGCAGUCUAAAGUUUUAUGUUGUCUGCACAUGUACUUUCUUUGGAGACACCAUUUGCCUCCUGACAAAUCGGAAAAUGAUCAUGAUAGUGAAACCCCGUUAAUACGACCACUGUUCGGCAAAAAUAUUUUGGUCGCAUUAUUUAUUAACGGGGCGGUCGUAUACAUACUGUACGUACCGGUCCCUUACAUAGACACGCAAAAGUCUCACAUCUUGUAGCAAGUCUGCCAACAAGUUGUCUUCGCACUGGUUGUAACUCCCAAGUUGUCACCAAGUUUGGAACAAACUGUUAACAACUUGUAACAACCUUAUUGAUCAUACCAGACUGGUUGCAAGGUUGUUCCAGCAAGUCCGAUACAGUCAUGAUAUAACAAUAUUGUUACAACCUUGUGUCGUCAACCUUGUAAUAUUCUUGUUAUAUCAUGACUGUAUCAGACUUACUAUAUCAGACUGUAUCAGACUUACUGAUAUCAGACUGUAUCAGAAAGUAUGAUAUCAGACUUACUGAUAUCAGACUUAUAAAGUACAGUAUGAUAUCAGACUUACUGAUAUCAGACUGUAUCAGAAUGUAUGAUAUCAGACUAUAUCAGACUGUAUCAGACUUACUUACUAUACACGCGUCUUAAAGAGCAUAGCACGCGAGAAAACUCGGAAAUCAACGCCCACAUCAACUGUUGUGAACAUUUUCAGCACAUCAAAUUCCUUAUGGAACUUUCACCUGACUCAACUAACCCUAUAAACACUAAUUUAACUAAACUAAUAUUUAGGAACUGUAAAAUAAUUGAUAAGUCAGACCACUGGUCUCUGUUGAUAUUUAAGGAGUCUCUUGCUAUACGCAGACGAAAACCUGAUCUUAACCACGGUGCGAAAGCUUCCAAAGAACUUAGCAUACUUCAUUGACCGAUUAAGCUCCGCCUUUCUUGGCUUUAUAAUAGCUGCAUCUGUAAUUUUACACUAUUCUUAAUCCUGAGGAUGACUACAAACUAGUCGAAACGUCGAUUAAAAAUCAAAAUGUUAUUCGGAGUUACUGUUAUUUUGUAUCAGACUUGAUAGAACAACUUUGCUACAAGUCUGAUAAUGCCAUCAAGCUUACAACUUUUGUUGACAUUGACAGCUUCAGUGAACAGAUUUGUAACAACUUGUUUGCAGACUUGUAACGAUCUGUGCGUUUUUCCGUGUGUAAUAAAGGCUUCAAGUAACGGAACGUUUUGUAUUUCUCAGGAGAAGAUGUGACUCGCGAGCUGUCCACGUGGAAUGCAGGUGAACAAAGCCUUGGUGUUACAUCGAUCAAUCAAGACUCGCUCUACCUCACAGCACCUGCCUCAUAUCUCAAUAUGAAACGCAGUAGUUACUCCAGAAUACUGUCGUUCCGCUUCAAAGUUGCUGAUACGGCUAACAUGCAGUUUACGAAGGAUGACAUCAUGUUGAUAUCGAAAAGCAAAGAUGGACUGAAAAUAUCCACCUCUCUAACAGGGCAAGGUAAACCUAUUUCGAUUUAACAAAUAGGCAAUUCCCAUUAUAGACUAAUUUUACAACUAGGCAAGGAGAUGCAAAUAAAUCACCGCAGCUAGAAAGACCAUAAAAAAAUUAGUAAAAUUGCAAAGUUUGCCGUUUUUCAGUCGUUUUGUAUUACGCGCGGGAAAUUGAUACCUUUUUUCAGAAAGCGAUAUCAAUUUCCCGUGCGUAAUACAAAAUGACUGAAAAACGGCAAACUUCGCAGAGUUAUAUUAUCCGCAUUUUACAACAUUUCGCAACGAAACUUGGGAAUAUUACUAAUUUUGUGAUGCUCUUUCAAGCUGUGAUGACAUUUUUGUCUAGACUUGUCAAGAUCAAAAUUUUGUUCAUUAGGUAAUAGGUGCAUUGCAAAUUAGUUUUUCUUUUUUUUUGUACCAAAAUUUCACCUGAUUACAUCAUAUGUGUCUGGAAACUUUGACAGUGAAAAUGUUGAUCAAGAUGAGGUUUUUUUACUAUAAAGAUACAUUACAUUUCUUCUUAGAAUGAUCCAAAUAUUACACAUACCAAAAAUUAUAUUUGGGUUUGUCGCACUUUAAAGUGUCUAUAUCAUGGUUUUGGAGUUUGCAUAUCUCGAACAUUUAUUUUAAGACACUUUGCAAUAUAUUUUGUUAUUGAAAAAUUUCUUCUUGAUGGAUUUAUUAGCUCUUAAAGUUACCGGACAUGACGUCAAAAGGAGAAUUGCAAAUCAGUUUUCCUUUGUAUCAUUGCAACAAAAUUCCCAUUUUGACGUCAUGCCCGGUAACUUUAAGAGCUAAUAAAUCCAUCAAAAUGAAAUUUUUCAAUAGCAAAAUAUAUUGCAAAGUGUCUUAAAAUACCCUAAACUUUCAAGAUAUGCAAACGCCAAAACCAUGAUAUAGACACUUUAAUAAUUCCUCAUAUCCCACUCAAUCUCAUUCAAUAAUUGUUUAUUAUUCAUCACCACAUAGGCAAUCCCGUACCAACACGUCGAUUCCAGCUGUAUCAAUACCGUCUCCACGAGGAUCCGUCGUUCGACUGGGAGCCACAGCUAAAUGCCUUCGAGUUUCAACGUUUACUAAACCACUUGGACGAAAUAAAGAUUCGAAUGACUUACUCCGACCAAGGCACCGGAAUUAUUGAUGAUAUUUCACUGGAAUAUGCCGUGAAAGAUGAAAAUUCUGUCGACUUUGUCAAUUGGGUUGAGGAGUGUACCUGCCCCCCGCCUUAUGUGGGGUUGUCUUGUGGUGCUUGUCGUGAAGGACAUAAACACGAGACGGUCAAUGGCUCAUCUUAUGAUAGGUAUGGCAUUUCUUGUUACCUAGUAUUAUUCAGGGGCGGUUGAGCACCCCCACGGUGGGGUGAGUACCACCUACACCCCCACUUCCCUUAUCAAUCAGACACCAGUCUAGCACCCCCUAAAAUAAUCUGUACCACCCUAAAAAAAAUCAAAAUCUGCUUGACCAUACAUUUUCUGUUUUUCAAAUAGUGAUUAGCAGAACAUCUACUGUUAGCACCUGUCGAUUUCUUGAAAUGAUUUAAUUGACUUGUGAGCUCACGAGAAAAUACUCAGAAUGCUUUAGUUAAAAAUAUCAUAAUUAAAUAUGUAAACAUGUCGAGGUUAUACACUCAGGGUAACAUCACAAACAUCAUAUUCACCUGACUACACAACACCAACACAGAAAAAAACCAUAUUACUAGAUUACAUUGGUUCGAUUCCCACCGUGGCCGGGCAUAUUUUUCAAGCUCGCCCGGUGUGGAUAUGCACUCAGAGUAACAUCACAAACAUCAUGUCGAGGUUGUUAUACAGCCAUAUUUUCAAAUAUACUACAACUUUAACAAGCAAAUUUACUGUACUGUGCUACAGCGACUGUCCAGUCACGCAUACGUGAUAAAAAGUCGAUAUAAACAAAGGAUAAUGUAAAACGUAACAGAACGACGAACAUGCAGAUUCGAUCAUCUCAAAUAAUGAUAAUGUUGGGAUAGUAGCGUUGCAGACUGCAGAGGAGAGUGGGCAGUAAGGCUCCCUCAUGCACCACCCCAUGGAAAACCGCACCCCUCUUUGCAGAUGAAGCUACAAUCUUGGACAAAACCCUUGAGACCAUUCCAGCUAAUAUUACAAAGUUAUUGAACAUUGACAAAACAAACUUUGUCCCGCCUCCCUCCCAGUUCAAUGUUGUGAACAACGCCGAAACAACUUUUGGUAAUAUACCAUGACACAAGCUCUACAUUGAGUUGGGGGAGCGGGUUUAAGAAGGGAAACAUGACUCAACAUGGAGUUUAUCAUAAAAAUAUGCGAAUUUGGUAUAGGGGGAGAAUAUAGUCUCAACCAGUUCUGUCCAAGAUUGUAGAACCGCCCCUGGCUCUGACCACUGAUUUAUCUUUCGUUUAUCUCACGUCAGAUGUGUCCGAUGUGAAUGUAAUAAUCAUGCAGACAGCUGUGACCCAAACACGGGCAAGUGUCUCUGUCAGGAUAACACCGUCGGCGAUGAUUGCUCAAGUUGCAAAAAAGGUUACUAUGGAAACCCGACCGCGGGAAAUAAGGACGACUGCAAGCCAUGUCCGUGUGUGUUUGGAACACAGUGCAUUCUGAUUGGUUCAAAAGUCAAGUGUACGGAUUGUCCUGAGGGACAUCAAGGUAGGAGUUAGGACGAUGUAGGCAUAGAUUAAGAACAGGGGCCGGUUGUUCAAAUCUGGGUUAGCUUAACCCUAGGUUAACCUAAAAUUCAAAGCAAACUUCCUGACAGCUUGUCUAUAAAUUUCGAAAUAUUUCUUCAGAAAUUUGUCUGGAUCGAUAGGAGUUUACUUCUCUGAAGUUUUGAAAUAAACAGACGUGCAGAAAUACACAAACUAGAAUAGAAAGAAUAAAGAUAAGAUAGGAUAAGGGGAUAAGGAUAGGGUAGGAUAAGGAUAUGUUAGGAUAAGAUAGGCUAAGGAUAUCGUAAGCCUAAUAAUAAUAAGUAGGUAAAGGAUAGGUUAGGAUAAGAUAUGGUAUGAUAAGAAUAGGGUAGAAUAAGGGUAAGAUAGGAAGAAACGCGAUCAUUGAGGCAAAAGUGUAAAACGUCUAUUAUAACUGAGAUUACACAUUUUAUUGAUUAUUUAUAUUUUAUUGAUUAUUUAUAUUUUAUUGAUAAUUUAUAUUUUAUUGAUUAUAUUUUAUUGAUUAUUUAUAUUUUAUUGAUUAGUUAUAUUUUAUUGAUUAUUUAUGUUUUAUUGAUUAUUUAUAUUUUAUUGAUUAUUUGUAUUUUAUUGAUUAUUUAUAUUUUAUUGAUUAUUUGUAUUUUAUUGAUUAUUUAUAUGUUAUUGAUUAUUUGUAUUUUAUUGAUUAUUUAUAUGUUAUUGAUUAUUUAUAUUUUAUUGAUUAUUUAUAUGUUAUAUAUUAUUUGUAUUUUACUGAUUAUUUAUAUUUUAUUGAUUAUUUAUAUGUUAUUGAUUAUUUGUAUUUUAUUGAUUAUUUAUAUUUUAUUGAUUAUUUAUAUGUUAUUCAUUAUUUGUAUUUUAUUGAUUAUUUAUAUUUUAUUGAUUAUUUGUAUUUUAUUGAUUAUUUAUAUUUUAUUGAUUACUUGUAUUUUAUUGAUUAUUUAUCCCCCAGGUGACCUGUGUGACUCUUGUAUUGAUGGUUUCUUUGGAGAUCCGGCUGGCAUCCGAGGCCCGAAGACCGCGUGCAAGAAAUGUAAAUGUAAUGGGAACAUUGACACGAAUGCCGUUCAGAACUGUGACUCCGAAACUGGUGAUUGCCUUAAAUGUAUCUAUAAUACCAGAAAUGGUCCCAAUAAUCAGUGCGAGCUCUGCAAAAUUGGUUUCUAUGGUGAUGCCACGACAUACCCUAAACCUGGGUGUAUAC